GUGGGGGGCACUGAACUCCCUUGGUCUGUGGAGGCCCCCCUGCUCUCCCACCCCCAUGUGCGUCCAUGGACUGGGCAUUUUGCCUCUGAAGUGUUUCUCAGGCCCAUUUGAACAGGAAUAGAGGGGAAGGAAAGUUUAAAGCAGUCUGAAUAGCAGUCACUUAUGUGACACCCACUCACUGAAUGCUGCGUGUCAUUCUGGUCACCUCAGAAGAGAUUAAAAAGACUGUUCGUUGGAGGAGAAAGACGACUAAAAACAUUAGAAAUCCAUGAUACGGCCACACCUUGAAUCCUGCCCCGUCUCAGAAAGAUACAUUCGAAUUGGAAAAGGAUGGAGGGCUCUGAGGAUCUAGAUAGCAGCCUCCUGACACAGCCUUGGGCUUCAGUUUGCUUUGGUGAAUCCACUUUUAUUGCCAAGGCUUGUUUCAGAGAAACCGGCUACGUCUUGCUGAUCUCUGACCUCAGCAGUGUGUGGUACGAGCGUGCAGACAGGGAUGUCAUUGGGAAAAGAUCCAAGGAGCUGAACAAGCGGCUGACAGCCCAUGUGUCGUCUUUCCUGAAUUGCUUGAGCAACCUGAUGUGCCCUUUGCUGGAAGGAAGGGAGAGUGAUGCCAAUUCCUUCUCCUGCCAACAGACUGCCAGCAAACUCACCAUCCGUGUGAAAAGUGAACUCUCCGGGCUACCCUUCUACUGGGAUUUCCACUGCCCUGCGGCUGCUGUGGAGAUGAUUUCCCGUCAUCUUGUGCGGCCCCUCAUCAGGAUGAGCCUGGCAUUGCAGUACCAGCUUCAAGAGCUGGCAUCUCUCCUGGUGCAGAAGGAUGUUGAGAUUGAAGACUACAGGGAGAGCGGGGCUGCUCUCAGCAGAGGACGCCUGAGGACCGAGCCCUUCCAGGAGAAGUCGUUUCUGCAGAAGUUUGUGGAUGAGAGUCUGCCUCAGCUGUGCGGUGCAGGGGACGGCCAGGCAUUCACAAGUACCCUGCAGCAUCUCUACACGGCCGUGGUCAGGCAGGAGGUGAGGGCAGCGCAGAAGCGGCACCACUCAGGGGAUGGCGAGACCACAGAGCUCACCUCGUCUCCGCAGCUGGACUCAUUGGUCAUGCUGGGCUCUCAGCAGGAAAAGGUUGAGCCACCCUCUGACUUGCCCCAGAGCCUGGGAGCCGCAGCGACUCCCUCCUCUCCGGCCCAGAGAGCCCGGCUGCUCGUGUCCAAGGCCAAGAGGAAGAAGGCAAAGGGGCUCUUCGGCUGAUGCUCCGCUGUCCGUCCCCCUUGCCGUGGGGAGGGGUCUGGCCCCAGGCAUUCAUUGCUCACCGUGGCAGCUUCAGGACACCAGCACAGAACCUUGAAUCCCUGACGCAGUAUCUGGAAGGGCCAAUCAGGGCUCCCACUCCAGACAGCGCGUGGGGCCCUCUCCCCCCAUGGCAGAUCCUGCUGAAGGAGGUUCGUUCAGCCCCUUCUCACUUCACCUGUGGGCACUAGAUGCUGGGAAGUUUCUGGUGCUUCCCAUGGCCAGGCUUCUCCACUAGCAAAGCCAGUGUGGCAGGUGUCUCCUCUCCCCACACUGGCCUGGCUUUCCUGCCCAGCCCUUACCCUGCCCCGCAGCUGUGGGACUGCCCCUUUCUGUGCUCUGCAGGGCUGAGAACAUGGAUGAGGGGGGCAGGUUCCUGUUUUUUCGACGGGUGGCUCCACACUUGCUUUUUUGCAAUAAAGGCCCCUCUCUGCCCGAG